AUGGAUAUGAACUUGCACAUGAAUGUUCGCCCUGGGGCCAUUGAUAAUGACGGGCAUGGAUGUUGACUAAGAAUACUGAGGUGGGCUUAACUUCGCUACUGAUAGUUGUCCUUGCGACAGAUUCGUCCGGAUUCGUCCGGAUAUUACUGGAGCUGGGUCUUGUCACCCUUUUUCUGGUACUGAGGCUGGUGAGCAUGGCUGUUCCGCGGAGUAUAUAUGUAGGCCCUCUCCCAGGGAUUGUUAGUCGACGCCGCCAUGGUGUUAUUAGUGCAGUGGUCUCCCCAGCUGGCACGGGUAUCCGUGAGCAUCAGCACAAGGAACGUUCAGACGGACUCAACGGUGCAAGUGAGUAGAUGUUG